UCUGUUCUUUCUUUCUUUCUCUCAGACACCCACCACAUAACUUUACCCUCUCCAUAAGAAGAUCUCAUCACCCCACUCCAAACCCUUGAUCUUGAACAUCAACCACACUCCACAUUCAUACUCUAAUCUCUAAGCUUGCUCCCCUUUAAUGGCGAGCUUCAUGGUUCUCCUCCUGGCUUUAACCUCACUCUUCCCCAGAAUCUCCAUAUCUGAAGCUACAUCAUCCUUCUCCUUCACAAGCUUCGAUAAAAACGCGAGCUUUGGGUCCGACGAUAUUGCCCUCUUCGGCUACGCAAAGCUCGUAGACAACGGAGUUUCGGUUCAGCUGAUCGACUCAGUGAGUCGCAUCGGCGGUGGAGUCAUUUACAAGAAACCCAUCGCGUCCAAAGACACUAAAGAUGACUACUUCACGGGUUUCUCUACUGUCUUCUCUUUCUCCAUGUCUCCCGGUCGUGGCGGGAGUGUAGGUUUUGUCGUGUUUCCUUCUAACGUAACAGUCGAUCACUCUUUGUUCGAGGUCAAGUUCGACAUUUCUGAUAAUUUCACCAAGUUUAAAGACUCCAAUGUCACGGUUGGUGUAUAUGGUUCAACGGUUCCUGAUACGAUAAGCAAUCUUACGGUUGUAAACUACAAAGAGAAGGACGAGGAGGAGGAGAUGUUGUUGUACGUAUGGAUUAAUUACCAAGCGAGUACUAGGUACUUAGAUGCUAGGUUAACCAAAUCAAAGGGAUAUACAUAUCCAAAGACUCGGUUCGGUUCUCGGAUUAAUCUGUUGAAAGACGAGGAUGAGAUCAUGGUGGGUGUUAAGUCGUAUAACGGGAGCUUUAACCUCCAUUCUUGGAGAUUACAAGCGGGACUCGUCUCUAGGGGUAUACACUCGUAUGCGGCGCUUCUUGAGUCAAAGCGUAGGUGGGAGGAGGAGGUGGAGAAGAGGAGAAGAGAGAAGAUGUGGGGGACUGUCACUUGCUUCGUCAUGACCUUUGGAUCUAUAGGGCUUGUGUUCUUCGCCAUGAUGCGUAUAUGGGCAGCUUUCAAAAGGAACUAUCUUGCGGUGGUGGUGGAGCCUGAGGAAUGUGGGCAGAAGACUAAGGAGUACGAGAUGAUUAAGAAAGUUGAAGUUGUGACGAGUAAAGCUGAGGCGCAACAAGGAAAGUAAAAGUAAAAGUAAAAGUAAAAGUAAAAGCUUGUGAUGUUUGUGUGUUUAGAAUAUUUAUGUAAUAAAGUGGAUUUCUUCAGAUGUAAUGGUGACUACUAGUAUAGGUUCGUCGUAAUGUGUGUAAAGCUUGCAGCAUUGUUACUCUUUGGUAUGUAAAAUCCACCGCUAAAGAUAAAUGCUUAGAAUC